GCUCGGAGGUGGGCAAGGUGCAACUUUCUUCGGUCGUCCCGAAUCAGGGUUCAUCCGACACCAACCGCCUCCACCAUGCCGCCGAAAUUCGACCCUAACGAGUUCAAAGUCGUCUAUUUGAGAUGCACUGGUGGGGAAGUCGGGGCCGCGUCCGCCUUGGCCCCCAAGAUCGGGCCCCUGUAUCUGUCUCCCAAGAAGGUCGGGGAAGACAUCGCCAAGGCCACUGGCGAUUGGAAGGGCUCGAGGCUCACAGUGAAGCUGACCAUCCAGAACCGGCAGGCCCAGAUUGAGGUGGUGCCUUCGGCCUCAGCUCUCAUCAUCAAAGCCCUCAAGGAACCACCACGAGACAGAAAGAAGCAGAAAAACGUUAAGCACAGUGGCAAUAUCACUUUUGAUGAGAUCGUCAACAUUGCCCGCCAGAUGAGACACUGGUCAUUAGCCCGAGAGCUGUCCGGCACCAUUAAGGAGAUUCUGGGCACGGCCCAGUCUGUGGGCUGCAACGUUGAUGGCCGCCACCCUCAUGACAUCAUUGAUGACAUCAACAGUGGCGUGGUGGAGUGCCCAGCGAGUUAAGAGCUACAAGAAGUGCUUCAAUAAAGUAUUUUCAGAAGA